AUGGCUCAUCAAUUCUGGCAAGAUGAAUUUGCCGACCUUGAAACUUCUCCGUACCCAAUUCUCCCUGCUACAAGUUAUCAGCCUAAAAUCAAGCGCAUCAUUGAGUACAAGGUAGACUGGCCGGAUUGGAGCCAUCUUCAUGAUGAUCAUUAUACCUUGUCCACCAGAUUACAGGCCGCAUGGGCAAUACUGUUGGCUCAAUACGCCAAUAGCGAGGACAUAGUGUUUGGAACAAAUAUCGGCAGCCAACGAACGGCUCUGGACAGAGCUGACAAUGCGUCAAAUAUCCAUCGCACCUGGAACUGUGUCAUGCCUUUGAGAGUUCCAAUACCCUGGCACUCAGACCUCGCAGAGUGGUUGCGGAACGUACAGGCUCGAGUUGAAGCUAUUGAAAAGGCCCAGGCAUGGGGAGGAUUGGACCGGAUCAGGUCCUGCAGUCCACAAGCGGAAGAGGCUUGUGAUUUUCGCACAGUGCUCCUGAUUCAGGAAACGCAAGCCGAACAAAAGGAUACCCGACCCCUCACGAGAAAAGGAGCCUGCAAUAUGGGUAGUGUGGCCCUAAUUGUGGAAUGUCACCCGUCUACUCGCCCCUGUAGCCUCUCUGUACGAUUGCACCUCGACGAGACUAUUUUGAAUGCCGUUCAAGCCAAGCAAAUGAUGUUUCAGUUUACAAACCUUGCCCGCCAGCUCUGUGAAACGAAUCUUCACAAGCAAGGAAAACGGAUCGUUGACCUUGACAUUUUGUGUGAAGAAGAUAAAUCUCUCAUCUGGAAAUGGAACGGAUCCCGUCCGCGGAAGAACGACAUCUGCGUCACCGAUCUGUUCAGUCAACAAGUCAAGAGAUGUGCAAAUCGACCAGCCGUGCAUGCAUGGGAUGGACUUCUUACAUACUCUCAGUUGGAUGAACAAUCGACGCUACUGGCCAAGUACUUGCUGCACUCCCAGAUCGCCAGUCCGGGUGGAAUUGUUCCUGUCUGCUUUGAUAAGACUGUAUGGACGACAAUAACAAUAUUGGCUAUUGCGAAAGCUGGAGCGGUCUUCAUCCUGCUUGAUCCGUAUCAGCCUCGAGGUCGUCUAGCAGCAGUCAUGGCUCAAAUCCAAUCGUCUACUAUUUUGGCAAGACCAGACACGGCUGAGCUAGCUCAGUCCAUCACCGAUCAUGUUGUGAUUAUUGAUGAAGGAUUCAGUGAGGGGAGUUCUUUUGAGACCACUGUGUUGGGAGACUCAAUGUCGCCAUCAUACCAUCUCUACAUCGUCUUUACAUCGGGUAGCACCGGGACACCCAAAGGUGUCACUAUAUCGCAUGCAAAUCUUUCCUCCGCUGUUGCCCACCAAGCACGCGCUCUUGGAUUCGAUACAGGCGUACGUACCUUUGAUUCAUCUUCCUAUACCUUUGACGCAUAUGUCUGUAAUACCUUCCAUACUCUCCUGACGGGCGGUUGCCUGUGCGUCCCAUCAGAGGCGGACCGAAUCAACAAUUUGCAAGCGGUUUUGCAGCAGAUGGAUGUCGAGUUUGCCCAAUUGACUCCCUCAACCUCCCGGUUGCUGGAACCCAAUAAGCUCCCACGCCUACGCACGUUGAUUCUUACCGGCGAGAAAAUCAACCGCACUGUACUUGACCCGUGGCUGCAAACGAACGGGCGAGUACGUGUCAUCAAUGCAUAUGGACCAUCCGAGUGUACAAUCAUGUGCGCGACAAACCGAAACAUUACCUGUGUCAAAGACGCAGAAAGCAUUGGUUUUGGUCUGGGUGCCACACUCUGGAUCGCUGAUCUGCAUGAAAUCAAACGCUUGGCGCCGGUCGGGGCAGUGGGUGAGCUUCUCAUCGACGGGCCUAUCAUUGGCCAAGGAUAUCUCGGUGAUGAGCAAAAAACCAGGGAAUCUCUGGUGCAAGUUCCCAAUGGCUAUUUGCCAGGGGUGGCAUUAGCACCAACCUCUCCAAUGUUUCGUACUCGCGACUUAGCAAGAUAUAACCCGGAUGGUUCGAUUUGUUUCAUUGGGCGCGCCGACACACAAAUAAAGAUCAAUGGACAGCGCGUUGAGAUCGGCGAAGUUGAAUAUCAUCUCGGUCAGCUCUUACCUGAAGGGAUAAUUCCAAUCGUGGAGGCGGUACAGUGGCCCUCUGGCCGGAAGCAGCUUCUGGCGUUCAUCUAUCGUGGCGAAGAGGAGACAGAGUCAUAUUUUGAAAUCAAAUCGCGGGUAGGUAGCCUGAUUCUGGGACUGGACGAGAAACUCUCCGACAGACUGCCUCGAUUCAUGAUACCGUCGGCAUUCUUCCCGCUCGAAACAGUCCCCAUGACAGCCUCGGGAAAGACAGACCGCAAGACGCUCCGAAACAUGGCGCUCAGCUCACCAGAUCAGCUAUUGGACCCUUAUUCGGUGGAAAACUUUGAGGCGCCAUCGAUGGAUGAUGCAAACAGACCGUUGACCUUGGAUGAGCAGAUUCUGUGUCGGCUCUGGACACAAGUGUUGAUCAUUCCAAACGAAAUUCCAAUUCGAAUCCAUGACAACUUUUUUGCUAGGGGUGGAGACUCACUGGCCGCUAUGCGUCUUGUAGCAUUGCUUCAUGAUGAAGGAUACGGUGGAAUCAGCGUUGCAGACAUUCUCCGGAAUCCACACCUUGCCGAUUUAGCAAAGUUGGUACGAAGACAAGAUCAGCAUGACCUGUCCGAUGCUGCCAAUCUGUGUACUGAUCCAUUUACAUUGCUGCUGGGACCGAAGCCAGACCAAGAUGCGAUAAAUGCGAUUCGCACCAGACUCUCGGAGAGCUGCCAGUGCAAUGCGGCUGACGUAGAGGAUGUAUAUCCCUGCUCGCCUGUUCAGGAGGAGAUGAUGGUGCUGGCAGCUCGAAAUCCGCAGUCAUUUGUAACACAAAAUGUGCUGACUUUGGAGCCCGAUGUUAAUUUGGAAAGGUUUGUCCUUGCGUGGAAGAACGUGUCAUUGUCGAUCCCGAUAAUUCGGACGCGAAUUGUCGAUAUGAAAAUGAACCAUCUCAGCGGUGAUAAGAAUCACAACUUUGCUCAAGUUGUAUUGAAAUGGUCUAUGUCAUUGUCUCAAUACCCAAACCUGGAUGAGUCUCUUCGAUGCGAGCGGGAGGGCAUGGGAGUCCAUGAGCCACUAUUCAAGGUCGGGGUUGUUGAUCGUUCUUCCUCUGACGGAAAGCCAAACUCUCGGAGCCAGGUCGUCUUUACAAUGCAUCAUGCCGUCUAUGAUGGUUGGCUCCUGAAUCGGAUUGGCGAUGAACUAUCUCGCGAGUACAAUGGCUUGAAAGAAGGAAACGACUUGGGAGGAACUCUAAUUCCAUACCGAAAUUUCAUCCAAUACCUUCAUGAUUUAGACUCAACAGCAGCCGAGAACUUCUGGACAGAUCAUCUCCAAGAUGUCAAUCUGGUUGAAUUCCCAGCGCUUCCCGAGGCAAAUUAUAAGCCGUACGCAACGGCUGUUGCGGAGCUCCAUGUGUCUGAGGUCGACUGGACAAACGCCAACGGCAUUACAGCAAAUACUAUCGUCCAGGCCGCCUGGGCCCUUGUCUUGUCCAAGCACUCCGGAGCCAGUGAUAUUGUUUUCGGGGCGACACUGUUAGGCCGACAAAUCUCGCUGCCUGGGAUUGAACGAGUGGGUGGCCCGACCAUUGCGACUGUACCGAUACGCAUAACGGUAGACUGGGAAGAGCAGGAUGUGCUGGAUUUGCUUCAAACCACACAGAACCAGGCAGGGCAGAUGAUUCCUUAUAUGCACUAUGGAACUUCUCGCAUUCGUCGCCUGAACUAUGAUACAGAGCGUGCCUGUCAGUUCCAUACAUUCCUGGUUGUGCAACCAGCGCCGCAACCCUCACAAUUAAGCCCUCAGUUGCUAUUUGACCUUGGAGGUGGCCGUGACGAUAUACAGGCUUUCAAUACCUAUGCAGUCAUGCUAGAGUGCACCUUGACCUCAGAUGGCCUCGAUGUUCGAGCGAGCUUUGAUGAAACGAUUCUGACCAAGGUGAAGGUUGAGGAAAUGUUGGCAGACUUCCAGAAAAUCCUUUCUGUCCUUUCAACAGCGCCAAAGGAGUCCUUAAGCCUGAGAGACCAUGGUAUUCUAACACCAAUAGAGCGAGAUUAUAUUGCUGCUCUUCGGAGGCCAGGCCAGAAGAUCCAUGUUCUUCAUGCAGAAGCUCGUCUUAAAGAGUGUUUACCGGAUGAAGUGACAGGUUGCGCGUUAGAUAUUGUGAGCCUCCCAGGGAUGUCCAAACAGCUGGUGGCUUUUAUUUCUAUGGUAGAGGAAAAUACGCCCUAUUCGAAGCUGCUGAAUGUUCUUUCCGGGCCGCUUGCUCAACUUCCAGAGAGACUCAGCCGACACAUGCUGCCAACGAUGUUACUUGUGCUUCCCCAGCUACCAGUGGUAGAGCGAGGCCAAAUUGACCGAGAUCAGUUGCGCCAAAUAGCUUCCGAAACACCAACAGAUCAGUUCCUGGAUUACUCGGCUUUGCUGAAAUAUCGAGGGGUCCACGAUGAUCCACCACAGACGAAAGCGGAACUGGUCUUGCAGCGACUCUGGGCAGCUACUCUUGACAUUGACCCUUCUUCAAUCAGUCGACAGACCUCAUUCCUGUCUAUUGGCGGAGACUCACUUUCGGCAAUGAGACUCGUUGCUCGUCUUCGGGGUGAAGGAUACUCCUUGGAAGUUGCCGACGUGCUGCGCACCUCCCGCCUAGCAAACUUAGCCACCAAAGUGAUUGAAGAGCUCCCCAACGAUAGCGCACUGUCGCCCAUCCUGGCUGAACCAUUCUCACUUCUCGACCAACCUGUCAGUAAAAAAUAUCUGGCUGAGGCCUGUCAUCUUCAUCCAUGGGAGAUUGAGGACGCGUAUCCUUGUUCCCCCGUCCAGGAGGCAAUGUUGACACGGACCGCCGUCCGAGCUACUGAAUUCGUCUCUCGUGGUCUUAUCUCGCUUCCUGUGAAUGUUGAUGUCAAUCGCUUGCAGGAAGCUUGGAGCACAGUAGUCGCUGAGACUCCGGUCCUUCGUACUCGUAUAGUCGAGUCCGCGGGGCAAGGAUUGUUGCAAGUUGUUACAAGAGCGGCGGUCCCAUGGCUAGAGUUUGAGAGUCUGGAGAAGGUAGCUGAGCUAUCCACCGGGAUAGGGCAGCCCCUGCUUUGGUUUGCCCUCAUAAGAUCCGCUUCGGAGACGGACAAUAGUUCUUGUGGCACUGCAGCCCUCUUGAUGACAAUUCACCAUGCAAUAUAUGACCGAUGGUCCGCAUCCUUGGUCAUGAAACAGGUUGAGUCCAUCUAUGGCAACGAGACUCCAACGAAGCUAGUACCAUACAGCCGCUUUAUCCAAUAUCUUGUGGAGGAAGUCGAUGAGGAGCGGUGCCGGGAAUACUGGAAGGGCUAUUUGGCCGACUGCGCGGCACCGCAGUUCCCUGCUUUGCCUAGUCCCAAGUAUCAGCCAAUGACCAACAUGGCCUCCAAGAGAGAGCUGUCGGGUAUCGACUGGCCCAAGGACUUCACCCCUGCAACAGCUUUGAAAGCCGCUUGGGCUAUACUCAUUUCUCAGUAUUGUAACUCUGACGAUGUCGUCUUUGGGUCGACCGUUAUGGGUAGGCAAGCACCUCUCGCUGGGAUUGAACUGAUUGCGGGCCCAACAAUUGCCACAAUUCCCAUUCGGGUAAAAAUGGAUUGGGAAUCUUCGCCUCUGCAUAAUUUGUUACAGGACAUCCAUUCGGCGGGAACAGAAAUGAUCCCAUUUGUGAACUAUGGACUCGGCCGUCUACGAAGGUUGAACUCAAAUACCCGCCAGGCCUGUCAAUUCCAAUCUCUACUUGUUAUUCAACCCCGAGACAAAAAUGGCAGCGAGAACAAUUUCCUUUUCUUGCAGCGAAGCGAUGAUGAUAUCAAGGGACAUACGUACGCCAUGCUUCUAGAAUGCGUCUUGGGUGGCUCAUCGCCAGUAUCAUCGAAUGAUGCAGUCACGCUGAGCCUGAGCUUUGACGACCAGGUCGUCGAUGGACCACAGGCAGAUCGGAUCUUACUUCAGCUCGAGUACAUUCUUAGGCAAUUGUGCAAACACGAAGAUACGAUGGAAAAGACAUCACUUUCUGAACUUGACCUGUUACCGCAGCAGGAUCGACAGCAGAUCUGGGCAUGGAACGCAGUCCUCCCAGAAACCAUCAACUCUCGGGUUGACAAACUCAUCGCGGAUCGAGUGAGGGAGCAGCCGAACGCACACGCGAUCAGCGCCUGGGAUGGUCAAUUGACCUACCGGGAACUGUUCGACAAGGCUCGCCAACUUGCCUAUUGGCUCGUGAUAGAACAAAGCGUUGGACCAGAGGUUCCAGUCCUCCUAUGCUGUUCAAAAAGUGUGUGGACACCUGUAACUAUGUUAGCAGUGAUCAUGGCUGGUGGCGUGGUGGUUCUCGUGGACCCAUUCCAGGCCGUUAAACGCUUGCAAGCCAUUACUUCGCAGGUAGAUGCCCAGCUGAUUCUGGCUUCGGCAACAACCAAGGGGAUUGCUGAAGAGAUCACUUCUUCCGGGGUGUAUGUGGUGAAUGAUAUGUUCAUUCAAGGCCUACAGGAUCCACCCACGGUGGGAGACUACUCUUGGAUUCCAUUUGUCUCAGGGAGCAACGCUCUAUACGUGAUAUUUACUUCGGGCAGUACAGGAACUCCCAAGGGUGUCGUCAUUACCCAUGCCAAUGCCUGCAGUGCUGUGGUCCACCAGAGGAGAAAUUGGGACUAUGAUAACACCACUCGGGUAUUUGAUUUGACCUCUUACAGCUUCGACUUUGUGUGGUCGCCGUUUCUCCACGGCCUCUCUGCGGGUGCCUGCAUCUGCAUUCCCUCCGACGAUGAUCGUCGUAACAACAUUUCGGGUGCAAUCCGUGAAUUUGACGCCAAUUACAUUAACAUCACGCCUUCUCUGGCUCGAUCUCUGGACCCAAAAUCUAUUCCAGGUAUAAGGAAGGUCGUUUUCGGAGGCGAGGUCCUUCGGUUCGAUGAUGUCACUAGAUGGGGGGAGAAAGUCAGGGUUAUGAACGUGUACGGUCCGUCCGAAUGCACAAUUAUCAGCACAUCAGCGGUCUAUGAGGUGGAUUUUACCAGAAGCGUGAACAUUGGCCAAACUCAUGGCCUGAACGCCUGGAUCACAAGCUGCAAGCAGCCAAACAAGCUGGCGCCCAUUGGUGCCAUUGGAGAGCUUGUUCUUGAAGGGCCUUUGGUUGGAAGGGGGUACCUGAAUGAUCCUAAAAAGACAAGCAGCAAAUUCAUAUCGAAUCCUACCUGGCUAUCUCCAAUCGACGGUGAUUCGAACUCUCAUCGCCCGCGGGGACGAUUGUAUCGAACGGGUGAUUUGGUGUAUUGGAACAGCCACGGUAGAUUGAUAUUUGUGGGCCGAGCGGAUACGCAAGUCAAGAUCCGUGGACAACGCGUAGAAUUGGAAGACAUUGAAGUCCAUGUCAGCCGGUUCCUUGGCCCCUCUUUCAUGGUGGUGGCUGAAGUCAUCGAGAUAAGCAACACUGAAGACUUGGGAUAUAGCUCUCAGAGGCUGACUGUGUUAUUGUCGUCUCGCAGCUGGAAUGAAGAUGCAGAUGUUACGACUGAAGAACGGCAGCACUUGACAACCGCAAAGCGCGAAGAGCUUAAUAGGCAUCUUAUGCGAACUCUCCCGGUGUAUAUGGUUCCCUCGUCCAUCUUAGAGUUGAACCAGAUCCCCCUUAUGCCGUCGGGAAAGGUUGAUCGCAAGAGGCUCCGAGAACUUGCAGUGCAUGUGAAGUUGGAGGAGAGUGAACAAGUUGCACCAGUCGAGGAGCCACGAACAGACUACGAGUAUACAUUGAGGGAGUUGUGGUCGAACCUGCUAGGAAUAUCAAAAGACAAGAUCGGCCGCCAGGAGAAUUUCUUUGAUCUAGGAGGCGAUUCCCUGAUGGCCAUCCGCUUGGUAGGGGUUGCUCGACAGCAAAACCUUCCCUUAUCGGUGGCGCUCAUCUUCCAAAAUCCACAGCUCGGUCAGAUGGCAGCUCAAUUAUCAAUUCCUUCUAAGGAGGAGGGGACACAGCAUUUUGAUCCUCCCGAGACUAAGGACUGCUCCCCUUCAAUGGAGUCCCCAAGGGAAGCGCUUCCCGGGAAAACCCAGGUUGCAAGCCUUCUUUCAAUCCCCGAGAAUAUGAUCUGCGACAUUCUUCCAGUCACUGACUUUCAACGAUAUGCCAUUCGAUCUGCGUUCACACAACCCCGCACUGAAUGGAACUAUUUCUCCAUGAGAUUCAGUGGCCCUCCUGACACCACGAAACUGACUAGUCUCUGCCAUGAGCUUGUAUCGUCCCUCGAUAUACUGCGAUGUGUUUUCCUGCCUCAUAAAUAUGAUGGCCAAUACAUCCAAGUUGUUUUGCGCGCCUUGGAAACAAAGGUCAUUGUCACCCGUGAGCUUGAUGAGCCAUUGGAUGAAGGGUGUGCGGAAGUCUGCUUAAAUGAACUUCAUGAGAAGCUAAUGCCCGGCUCGCCCUUUGUCAAGUUCUUCAUUUUCGAGGCUCAAAAGCAUAAUAUGUCUCAAUUGGUGAUAGGGAUUUCCCAUGCUCUCUACGAUGGAAUCAGUCUGGCACAUAUGGCGGAAUAUAUUGGCGCGCUGUAUGACGGACGACCAGUCCCAGUUGUCGGUCAAUUCUCUUCUUACAUCAACUCGAUCACUCCUGCUACCUUCAAUCCUUCUCGAGCCGCUUCUUGUGCCUACUGGCGCUCCCUAUUACAAGACGCACCGGUCCCAACUAAUAUAAUCUCUGAUAGUCCAAGACUUAUUUCCGGAAAGCGAAUACGCAUGUACAGGGAGGUCAAGUUUUCUCAUCCUCCAAAAGGUGUCACUGUGGCAACGGUGUUCACUGCUGCAUGGGGUGCAGCCCUUGUCCGGAUCAGUGGAAAAACUGAUAUCGUGUUUGGCCGUGCCGUCUCUGGGCGGACAUUGACCUCUUCCACUGCAGACCAUGAGGGUGUCAUGGGACCGUGCUUGAAUCUUGUACCUGUGCGGAUGAAGCUUUCAGACUUUAACUCUGUCGGUCCAUUCACUGCCGCAGACAAGUCCCGCAUCAUCAAAUCGCUUCAGUCCCAAUUCAUCGACUCCAUCCCCCAUGAGACCAUCGGGCUGUCUGAGAUUGUGAGGUGGUGCACCGAUUGGGGACAAGAUAUCUCCGAAUUUGGCUCCGUAUUCUACUUUCAAAACAUUGAUACGGAAAUCUCUGUUCGAGCGGAAGGCCAGGGCAUAGCCUUUUCCCCUCUCCCACUUGACCGACCAGAUCCCCCCGAGCCACUCCGGCUAAAUGUCCUGUCUCGGGGGGAGAAUCAAUACACGGUGGAACUGUUGGUGCCAGAGCAAAUGAUGAAAAGCAACACUGUCUGGUCACAGCUUUUGGAUGCGAUGGUGGAGUGGUUUGAUGCUGUUCCUGACAGCGAUAAUCACCUACCUAAGUAUCUCCCAUAA